AUGGAGGAAAGUACAGCUGCAGAGCACGAAGAGGAGAAGAUAUUACACAGAUUACAACCAAAACCCAGAGUGAACAUUAAACCUGAUCAACAUGUGUUCAGAGGAGAAACAGUCACUCUCAGAUGUGACAUAUAUGAUAAAGGAGUCACUAGCUGGAGAUACAGCUGGUAUAAAGAUAAUUCAAGAAGAGUUUUCAGUGAUGGACAGGAACACACAUUCAGUUCUGUUACUGAGUCUGACUCAGGUGAAUACUCCUGUGAAGGAUCAGAGAUCAGAGGAUCACGCCGGUCACACACGAGUGAUAAAGUUACUCUGAAAGUAUCAGAUCUUCCUAAACUGACUCUGACAGCUGAUCCUCAGAGUCCAGUGUUCACCGGAGACUCAGUUACUCUGAGAUGUGAGGGGAUUCAGUCACAGAAUGGAUGGGAGUUUCUCUGGAGAAAAGACUCAAACCCUGAAUCUACUGAAGAUCAAACUAAAACAAUCAAACCUGAGAAAGUCUCUGAUGGAGGAAAGUACAGCUGCAGAGCACGAAGAAGAGGAGGAAGAUAUUACACAGAUUACAGUAAACCUGUAACAGUAACAGUAUACGAAAGACCAAAACCCAGAGUGAACAUUAAACCUGAUCAACAUGUGUUCAGAGGAGAAACAGUCACUCUCAGAUGUGACAUAUAUGAUAAAGGAGUCACUAGCUGGAGAUACAGCUGGUAUAAAGAUAAUUCAAGAAGAGUUUUCAGUGAUGGACAGGAACACACAUUCAGUUCUGUUACUGAGUCUGACUCAGGUGAAUACUCCUGUGAAGGAUCAGAGAUCAGAGGAUCACGCCGGUCACACACGAGUGAUAAAGUUACUCUGAAAGUAUCAGAUCUUCCUAAACUGACUCUGACAGCUGAUCCUCAGAGUCCAGUGUUCACCGGAGACUCAGUUACUCUGAGAUGUGAGGGGAUUCAGUCACAGAAUGGAUGGGAGUUUCUCUGGAGAAAAGACUCAAACCCUGAAUCUACUGAAGAUCAAACUAAAACAAUCAAACCUGAGAAAGUCUCUGAUGGAGGAAAGUACAGCUGCAGAGCACGAAGAAGAGGAGGAAGAUAUUACACAGUUUACAGUAAACCUGUAACAGUAACAGUAUACGAAAGACCAAAACCCAGAGUGAACAUUAAACCUGAUCAACAUGUGUUCAGAGGAGAAACAGUCACUCUCAGAUGUGACAUAUAUGAUGAAGGAGUCACUAGCUGGAGAUACAGCUGGUAUAAAGAUAAUUCAAGAAGAGUUUUCAGUGAUGGACAGGAACACACAUUCAGUUCUGUUACUGAGUCUGUCUCAGGUGAAUACUCCUGUGAAGGAUCAGAGAUCAGAGGAUCACGCCGGUCACACACGAGUGAUAAAGUUACUCUGAAAGUAUCAGAUCCCAAAUCAGUUUUAAGUGUUUCUCCACAGAAGUGGUUGACUGAAGGAGAUCCAGUGACUCUGAUCUGUGAGGUUCACAACUUCUCUACAGGCUGGACGUUCAGCUGGUUCACUUUAACUCAAUCACCAGGUGGUUAUCAUCUGCUCUCAGACAGCAGCAGAGGAGCAGGAGGAAGAUACAGGAUCAGUUCUGCUGCUGUAGAUCACACAGGAGUUUAUGUGUGCAGAGCAGAGAGAGAGAAAUCAUCUUAUAAAACACAGUACAGCAACACUCAGCUGCUGUGGGUCACCGGUGUUUCUGCUCCAGUCUCUCUGAGGGUCAGUCCCAGCAGAACUCAACACUUCAGAUCUGACUCUCUCUCUCUGAGCUGUGAAGACCAGAGUAACUCUAAUGUAUGGAGAGUGAGAAGAUACACAGACCUCUGGGGGCUGAAGGAUUGUUCAUCAAUACCUCGAGGAUCACACACAGGAUCUACAUGUACAAUCAGUUACGUCUAUACAUCACUCACUGGAGUGUACUGGUGUGAGUCUGAAUCUGGAGAGAAACAUCAUCCUGUUAAUAUCACUGUACACUCUGAAGUGAUUCUGGAGAGUCCUGUUCAUCCUGUGACUGAAGGAGAUAGUCUGACUCUACACUGUUUAUAUCGAUACACUCCAUCAAACCUCAGAGCUGAUUUCUAUAAAGAUGGAUCACUCAUCCAGAAUCAAACUACAGAGAUGAUCAUCUCUCCUGUCUCAAAGUCACACGAGGGUUUCUACUCCUGCAAACACCCAGAGAGAGGAGAGUCACCCAAGAGCUGGAUCUCAGUCAGACGCUCAGUAUCUGAGGAUCUCAAACCCAUGAUAAUUGGAGUAACAGCAGGACUGACUGCAGUCUUCAUCGUUGUCUUCUUGGUUCUGCUCUGGUGCUACAGAAACAACAAAGGUGUUAAAUCUCCUUCUAAUGUGAAUCAAACAUCAGACCAGAACCAGAGUGACGCCGGAUACAAGACACUGCUGACUGGAACUGCUCAUGUGUAUGACUCUGUUGAUGUUCUUGUUAAUAAUGACCGUGUUAGUGCACCUGCUGAACUCACAUAUGCUGAGAUUGAACUGAAAUCUAAAACAAAGCAGAAGAAAAAGAAAGAAAAUAAAGGUGAACAAAAACUAUGCUCUUAUGAUCAUAACAGUAGCUAA